AUGCCGUCCAACGAGUUCGUCUUCAGCGAGCCCGUCACUAUAGACCCCGGUCGAUAUGCCUAUCAGGCUCGUAGGCUCCGGGUGGUCUGCAUUGGUGCGGGCUUCUCUGGGCUGAUCCUGGCAUAUAAGCUUAAGCACGAGCAGCCCCUCGAUUUUGUCGAUUUCACCAUCUAUGAGAAGAACCCCGAGGUUGGAGGAACCUGGUUUGAGAAUAUCUAUCCUGGAGUGGGAUGCGAUAUUCCUGCGCACAGCUACGUCUUUCCCUUCGAGCCAAACCCGUCCUGGUCCAGAUGCUACGCCGGCGGACCGGAGAUUGAAAAGUAUAUACUCGACACGGUACACAAGUACGGGCUGAAGGACCAGAUCGUGUUCAGCACCCGAGUCGUCAAGUCCAUAUGGAACGAGGAACGAGGCAAAUGGGCGAUUGAGCUCAAGGGGAACGACGGCACUGUCGUCCAUGACGAAGCAGAUGUUCUCAUCAAUGCCUCGGGUAUUCUGAAUCGUUGGAAAAUGCCUGAUAUUGACGGUCUGGAUCAGUUUUCUGGCAAGCUCCUUCACACAGCCGUCUGGGACAAGACAUACGACUGGACUGGCAAGAAGGUCGCGGUCAUUGGUAACGGCUCGUCUGCCAUUCAAAUCGUGCCGGCGUUACAGCCUAAGGCUGCAAAGAUCGUUAACUUUGUUCGGCAUCCAACUUGGGUAUCGGUAAAUUUGUGUCCGGACAUAACCAAGGACGGCAUGGGCACCGAUUUUGAGUACAGCGAGGAAGAGAGGGCGAAGUUCCGGCAUGACCCAGCCGCCUUCCUAGAGUACAGGAAACGGAUUGAGUGCUCAGUAAAUUCUGUUUACAGACUGAUGCUUUCUGGCUCUGACGGGAACCGGAUGAUAUCUGAUGCAACCGAGGGGCUCAUGCGACAGCGCCUAAGCAAGAACUCCCAGUUGAUCGAGAAACUUGUUCCCAAAUUUGAGAUUGGAUGUCGUCGACUAAGCCCCGGCGAUGGAUAUCUUGAGGCAAUGCAGGAGCCCAAUGCGGAGUGGUGCUUUGAUAACAUUGAGGAAAUCACUAAGACGGGAAUCCGUACAACCCAGGGGGAGCACGACUUUGACCUGAUUGUGUGUGCUACUGGCUUCGACACUACCUUUGUCCCGGGGUGGGAAUUUGUAGGUCGGGAUGGUAGGCGGCUAGAUGAGGAAUGGGAGAAAGCACCCGAGGCAUACUUUUCAAUAUGUGCCGCUGGAGCUCCAAACUACUUCAUGUUCGCUGGGCCAAAUUGUCCCAUCGGUCAUGGUAGUGUGCCUCAGAUGCUUGGCUGGAGUGCUGAUUAUAUGCUAAAAUGGGUCAAGAAGAUAGCCCGCGAGGAUAUCAAAUCUAUUGCAGUCACUGACUCUGUCGUUCGCCACUAUAACCGUUAUGCCCAAGCAAACCUUCAAAACACCGUUUGGAGCAAGGGCUGCAAUGCCUGGUAUAACAAUGGGACUAGGGUUACGGCCAUGUAUCCAGGAAGCGUUCUGCACUUUAAAGGCAAGUAUUCCGACUUCGCAUAA